UUCUGUUGGAUUGGGAUGGAUCUAAUACUAUAUCACUUGAUUCAAUGUCUUACGUUCUGAUACAAAUCAAGAAUUGGAAUCAGUUUUAUGAUGAUCAUUGGCCUGCCUCGGCCACAAGUAAACUCUCAAAAGAGUAUGUCUUUAAAGGCAGGAUCACAGAGGGAAAAGGCAACCCAUACCUAUCUUUAUAUCUUCAACUGGGUGCUCCAAUAUCAGAAUUGCGGCCACUCCAUGUUAACAACUUGCCAAGCUCAAACACAAGAUCAAAAAAGAGGGCACGACUUGAAGAAUAUGGAGAACAAUAUUGCUUAUCUGCAUUUGGGUUGGAUAAGUCUGUAUAUCAUUGUUUGGAUAAAUGGAGUGACAAUGAUAUUGGUAUAUUGAAACAGCUCCUGCAUGCAUGGCCUGACCCUGUGAAUCUGACCACACAUGAAGAUGUUAAAUUAUUAAUACAAUCAAUGAUGCCACUUGUGUAUCAGGAAGGCGGAAUCUAA